AUGCGUGCUAUUUUGGAAUUUCUGAAUGGGAAGGAGGUUGAUGAUGAAGCGGUGAGGAAUAAGAGGUUGGAUGGGGUGAGAGAUGGAACAAUGGGAGAUGGUGUGAAGGAUAAAGGAGAAGUGACGAAUGGAGAGGUGGCAAAUAAGAAGAUGACAGACGACCUAACGCAUGAGGAAGUCAAACAUGAAAAGAAGAGGGGUGGGAUGGGCCUAAAUGUUGUUUUUGUGGAGGUGGCAAUGCUACAGGGGGAUAAGUAUAAGAAGAUAUUGAGUGAGGAAGUGGUUAGAAUGGUGAUGGGCGCCGUGGCGAGUCCUUUAUUGAAAGCGGUUGAAGGAGGUUGGAUUCCUAGGUGA